GCACCCUUUGAGCAGCCCUGAAGGACCACCAACAGGCGACUUGUCGCCAUGCUUAUCCAUAAGUGUCUUCGCGCAACCUCAUACGACUGAACGCUGCAGAUAUGUUCAAUUUCACACCCCUUCUUGGGGCCCAAUCGGCGCAAUCAGCGUCGGCAUCCUUACUGGAGUUUGAUGGAGGAAUCAAAGUGCUUAUUGACGUUGGUUGGGACGAGAGUUUCGAUGUAGCACAGCUGAAAGAGAUUGAGAGACAUGUACCUACACUCUCGUUCGUUCUCCUCACUCACGCGACCACGGCGCAUCUUGGAGCAUACGUGCACUGCUGCAAGAACUUUCCUUUGUUCACACGCAUACCAGUCUACGCGACUGUACCGGUGAUAUCACUCGGCCGUACGCUUCUACAGGACCUCUACGCGUCCACGCCUCUGGCGUCGUCCAUCAUACCCACCGAAGCUCUCACCGAGUCAGCCUACUCGUUCCCCACCGCGCUCAGAGAUGGAAAGAAGCUCAACAUACUCCGCCAGACGCCCACGUCUGACGAAAUCGCAAGCUAUUUCGGCCUCAUAAAUCCUGUCAAAUACUCGCAGCCACAUGAGCCCCUCGCCUCGCCUUCGUCAGCUCAAUUCGGCGAGAUACAAAUCACUGCGUACGGCGCUGGACACACACUAGGAGGCACAAUAUGGCACAUAGAAUCUGGCGUCGAGUCGGUCAUCUACGCAGUGGAAUGGAACCAGUCUACUGAACACGUGCUCUCGGGAGCCGCCUGGCUCGGAUCUGGCGCUGGCGGCUCGGGCGUUCUGGAACAGCUGCGCCGUCCUACCGCUAUGAUAUGCAGUAGUAAAGGUUCAGGCUUAGUCAAAGUCGCACAGGAAGGCGCUGAUCGGGACGAGGCCCUUCUCUCAAGAAUUCGAGACACAAUAGCCAAGGGAGGAUCCGUUUUGAUUCCUUCUGAUUCUAGCGCUCGCAUUCUAGAACUGGCAUAUCUGCUUGAGGAGACCUGGCAAAAUGAGGCGCACAAGACCAAUAGCCCACUAAAGGGUGCGAAGGUCUAUCUUGCAAGUACCACGGGGGGUGCGACUAUGCGGUAUGCACGCAGCAUGCUGGAAUGGAUGAAGGAGGGUAUCGCAAAGGAAUUCGAGGCUGGAGCCGGCGGAGCACCUAUGGAUGGCCAGGGAAGGAAUCGAGGUGGAAAGGGAAUGGAUAUGGGUCCCGCGGCCCCUUUCGACUUCAGGCAUAUUACGUUGCUGGAACGCAAGUCUCGCGUAUCACGAAUGCUGGGAACAAACGAGCCACGAGUCAUAUUGGCAAGCGAUGCAUCACUGGACUGGGGCUUCUCUAUGGAUGCUAUCCGGAGUCUAGCGUCAGACGAGAAGAAUCUUGUCAUCCUUACUGAAAGAGUCGGCGAGUGUAGUGGACAAGAGAAGGGUCUUGGAAGGAUUCUUUGGAACCUAUGGGCGGAAAGAACCUACCCUUCCAGUACCGUGGUAGAUGCUUCUGGUUAUCAAGCGCCCCUACGUACCGUCCGAACAGUGGCACUUGAAAACGACGAGAUUCCUCUUUACCAGCAAUACCUCGCCACACAACGUCAGUUGCAGAACACGAUGGGUGGGGAUGUCACUGCUGCUCAGGAGACUUCCGAUGACGUUGCAGACAACUUAUCAUCAACUGACUCAGAGAGCUCUGAAGAAUCAGAAUCCGGCUUUCAAGGCAAGGCUAUGAACUCAACCGCCAUACAACGGCAUGCGGAUCGGAGAGCAGAGCGUCAAGAACAAGGGCCGGGCGUGAAGAUUCUCCUUGAACCUAGUGGAGUCUUUGACUAUGAAGUACAAGGAAAGAAGGGCAUAGACAGACUGUUCCCCUUCAAGUCUGAGCGGAAACGAGCAGACGAGUUUGGUGACAUCAUCAGACCCAAAGAAUUUGCUCGCGCGGACGAAGAAGACAACGCUGCUGGCGAUUCUCCUCAGGGAGAUGGAACCAAGAAGGAGAAUGCUGUAGGACAGAAGAGGCAAUGGGAUGACCUUAUCAACGUGCUUGACAGCUCCAAGCCAAAAGCCAACCAAAAACGCCGUAAAGCAGACGGCGAGGACGGUGCAGAUUCGGACAGCGAGCCAGAUGACGAUUCAGACAGAGUGGAUGGACCAUCCAAGGUCAUCGUUGAGACGGAAAGUUUGGAACUCAAGUGCAGAAUUGCCUUUGUCGACUUCUCAGGCUUGCACGACCGGCGUACUCUUCAGAUGGUCAUUCCACUCAUAAAACCUCGAAAGCUCAUCUUCGUGGCAGGAGAGGAAGCAGAAACGAUAGACCUUGCGGAAGAGUGUCGAAAGAUACUCAACGCAGGCUUCACUGGAGCAGCCAACAUCGUGGAUGUGUUCACACCAACAGUCGGCACAAUGGUUGAUGCCAGUGUUGACACUAACGCCUGGUCGGUCAAGCUGAGCCGCAAUAUGGUGCGAAGUCUUCACUGGCAACGCGUCGGUCGCUUGGAUGUUGUCGCUAUCACCGGGCGCCUCGCAGCCGCAAGCCUAGACCCAGAGCCUAUUGAAGAUGACGAGGGCUCCGCAAAGAAGAAGGCCAAAAUGGCCAAGACUGUCGUUGUGUUAUCUUCCCACGACAAAAACGAUACGACACCCAUCCUCGAUGUCGUCCCGGCAAAUAACAUCACCGCCGUACGCUCCGUCGCGCAGCCUUUCCACGUAGGUGAUGUGCGUCUCGCUGAUCUGCGCAAGAUUAUGAAAGCUCAGAACAUGGAGGCAGAGUUCAGAGGCGAGGGUGUGUUAGUCAUCAACGGCACGGUGGCGGUGAAGAAGAAUAAUGCAACAGGCACGAUCGAGAUAGACGGUGGUGCAUAUGGCUUUGCAGACCCAACAGCGUUCUUCAAGGUCAAGAAGAAGCUGUAUGAAGGGUUGGCAGUUGUCGCUGGUAAUUAAGGUCGAACAGAACUAGAUAUUUCCCAUUACAUGAUAACGCGAACCUUUUCGAACUGAAACUUGUCCCUUGGAUUCGACCUACUCACUGCGUUUCCCUCCUCAACCUCGGUUGCAGCUUUAUUUCAACCCACUAUUCCUUCCCUGGACGCUCCUAACAAUCCCAUCUGCUAUUAACAUCCCAAUCUUGCCACACAGGCCCUCCAACACCCUUAUCCCACCACUGUUCGAAACAUAUCAACACUGUUCACGCCUGUAAAUGCCCGCGUUACGUGUUUCACUUCGCCAUGUACACCCACGUACACCUUGUAGAAUUCAAUCCUCGUACCGUGAGCUCGAGAGUGCGUUGCAAAGAUAGUGUCAGACUAUGAACUUGCGUAGUGUG